AUGGCGGACACUGGGCCAAUCAGAGGUGUCGGCACGGCGCUUCCGUCAGGCGGCCAAUCACGCGGGGAGAGGUCUGUUGACGGGCGGGCGCCUCCGCCAAUGGGAUUAGAGCGAUGGCGGGCCUACGGCCAAUCAAGCGCGUCUUCCCGGCCCUUCCGCCGGGACAGCCAAUGGGAUGGGGCCGAGGGGGCGGGCCCCGCCCGGGCGGCCAGUGAGGAGCGACGCACGGCGCAGCAGCCGGCCCAGCGCGGGGAGAGCAGCAGCGGCCAUGGCCUCGUCGGCGCGGGGCAGCGGGGGCGCGCGCGGGGCGGGGGAGGGGCCGGAGGCGGGCGGGGGCCCCCCCGCGCACCCCGCACCCGCCCCCGCACCCCCCCUCCGCCUCCGCCCCCCGGGCCGGGCCUGGGGGGGGGGCCCGGCGCCCACCGCCCCCCCGAGGAGCUGGAGGAGGAGGCCGGGCUGGGAGAGGGGGACCCCGGGGACCCCGCCAUCGAGGACCCGGAGCUGGAGGCCAUCAAAGCCCGUGUGCGGGAGAUGGAGGAGGAGGCGGAGAAGCUGAAGGAGCUGCAGAACGAGGUGGAGAAGCAGAUGAACAUGAGCCCCCCGCCGGGCAACGCUGGCCCAGUCAUAAUGUCCUUAGAAGAAAAGAUGGAGGCUGACGCUCGGUCCAUAUACGUGGGUAAUGUGGAUUACGGGGCAACGGCCGAAGAGUUGGAGGCUCAUUUCCACGGCUGCGGGUCCGUCAACCGUGUCACCAUCCUGUGUGAUAAAUACAGUGGGCACCCCAAGGGGUUCGCCUACAUUGAGUUCUCCGACAAGGAGUCUGUGCGCACCUCCAUGGCGCUAGACGAAUCCCUGUUCAGGGGGCGACAGAUCAAGGUGAUACCCAAGCGGACCAACCGGCCCGGCAUCAGCACCACAGACCGGGGCUUUCCCCGGGCCCGGUUCCGAGGGCGCGGUUCUGGCUACACCAGCUCCCGGGCCCGGUUCUACAGUGGAUUCAGCAGCCGACCCCGCGGACGCUCAUACAGGGGCCGGGCUAGAGCAACCUCAUGGUAUUCCCCUUACUAAAAAAGUGUUUUUUGGGAAAGAAAAGAAAAAAAAAAAAAAGAGGAGAAAAAAAAAAAGAGAAGAAUGUGACAGUGCUGGAGCAGCCCCGUGGGGGCGAGCCGUGGGGCGCGGUGGGGGGCGGGGGCGGCUCUAUGAGCACAGGGCACUCCUCUCUGUCCUCCUUCGCUCCCCCUUUCCCUGCCACGGGCGGGCUCCUCCCUCCGUCCGCGGGUGGCCCCGCUUCCUUCCCUCCUUCUGCGCCCGGCCCCCUUCACUUCU